AGGCUACUGCAGUGACAUUGUAGAUGGAAGAAACCACAGCUUGAAUGGCAGUGUGUUCCCACAUCUGGUUUUGGAUGUUACACACACUCUGUGCUUCCUGGACAUGUCAAAUAUAACUGACAUUGGCCUGCUGACAGGUUCAGCAGUGUCCUGGUGGUUGGGUCUGGUGUUGGUCACUCUCCAUCUGUGGCGCCUAAACACGUAUCGUAUUCAGAGGACCCAAGACCUGUUCAUUAGGAGGCUGUAUGAAGGAGCCUUUAUUGAGCAGUCCCUGCUCCUCAACACACGAUUCAACAUCCAGACCAAAAACAAAAAGAAGAACUAUCAAGUGGCAUCUGAAACGACAAUGGUGUAUCUGUGUGCGACCAUGUGGCACGAGACCUACGAAGAGAUGAUGAACAUCAUUAUAUCAAUAUUCAGACUGGAUAAGUACAGGCCAAAGAAAGAGCCAAAGUUCUAUGAUUUCACCUUUGAAGCCCAUAUCUACUUUGAUGAUGCAUUCAAACAUGUGGAGGGGAGCCGUUCAAAUUACAAUCAAAGUAUUCUUUUAUUCACUGUCAUCAGUAUCUUCACAAACAUUGAUAAGAACGUCUUCAGAAAGCAGCAGGAGAUCCUUCAUCAGACGAUCAUAAGGACACCGUACGGAGGUCGUCUUGUGGUCACCAUGCCUCAUGGGAACAAUAUUGUGGUUCACUUCAAAGACAAAGAACUCAUCCGUCACAAGAAGAGAUGGUCUCAGGUCAUGUACCUUUACUAUCUUCUGGGCUGGAAACUUAUGACGAAAUAUUAUGCACAGCAGAGGUCCAGGUGAGAUAAGAGAAACAACACUUUUGUGGCUUUUCUGAUGAGUUUGAACACACAUCCACAGUAUUUAUAAAGAAAACUAAAUAUAAAACAAAUGUGCCUUUUUCUCCAGAAAGACAAGCACAACACCUACCUCCUGGCUUUAGAUGGGGACACAGACUUCCAGCCAGCUGCUGUGAUGUUGCUCAUCGAUCGUUUGAAAAUGUACCCACGUGUUGGGGCAGUAUGUGGCAGGAUUCACCCCACUGGAUCAGGUCCGGCUGUGUGGUUCCAGAAGUUUGAGUACGCCGUCAGCCACUGGCUGCAGAAGACAGCGGAGCAUGUGAUUGGCUGUGUGUUGUGCAGCCCCGGCUGCUUCAGUCUGUUCAGAGCAGAGGCGCUGAUGGAUGACAACGUGAUGAAGAGAUACUCCACCAAGUCCACAGAGGCGAGACACUACAUCCAGUUCGACCAAGGUGAGGACCGCUGGCUGUGUACUUUACUACUAAAGCAGGGAUGGAGAAUUGAGUACAAUGCAGCAUCUGAUGCUUACACCAAUGCACCUGAGGACUUCAAAGAACUCUACAACCAGCGUCGGCGAUGGGGACCAUCCACAAUGGCCAAUGUGGUGGAUCUCUUGGGCUCCACCAAUGUUAUUUCCAAGAGGAACCCCUCCAUAUCCAAACCCUUCAUGCUCUACCAGCUCUUUGCCAUCACCUCAUCAAUCCUGGCCCCUGCCACAAUCUGCCUGAUGAUCGCAGGUAGUUUGACUUUCAUCUCAAACAUGGAAGCCAACGGUGCCCUGGUCCUGGCUGUGUUACCUCCUGUCAUUUACCUGAUUCUGUGCUUCAAACUGAAAUCAGACACUCAGAUCACUAUUGCAGCUUUCAUGAGUAUCAUAUAUGCAUUCCUCAUGUUGGUGGUGACAAUGUCCAUCAUUGGUGCUAUGGUGAGGGAACAAACCAUCCUGACACCCAGCAGCAUUUUCAUCAUCUCUAUGGCCAUCAUUUACACCUUCACUGCGAUAAUGCAUCCUCAGGAAAUCCAGCUGGUAUUCUAUGGUUUUCUCUACAUUCUCUGCAUCCCCAGCGCCUACCUCCUGCUUACCAUCUAUUCCAUGGUCAACAUGAAUAAUGUGUCCUGGGGCACCCGGGAGGCAAAACCUGCCGCUGGAGCUGAAACACCUGCAGACACCACCCCACAAACAGCUCAGAAAGCCAAAAGCAUCUUCCAACGACUCUUCUCAUGGGCCAAAUGUUGUAAAAAGUCCACCAGUAGAUCUGGAGGUGGGCAGCUCAAUGCCAACCAGGAGCACCUGAUCCCAGAGUCAGCUCAACCUGUACCACAGCCCGAAAAUACGAUUGUGGAAGACCUAAGGAUCCCAGAGGAAGAACAGAGGCAAGUGGUGCCCGUUUUCGACUGUCCUGCCCAAUGUUGGGUCACACAACUACAGAAUAUUUCCAGUGACAUGCAGCUGCAGGAGGAGUCACUCAACCAGGAGGAGGAGCACUUCUGGAAAGAGCUUCAGGAGAAGUACCUACAACCUCUGGUCGAUGACAAAGAGAAACAGGAAAAGAUAACCAAUGACCUGCGAGAGCUGAGAAACAAGAUAAACUUUGCCUUCUUCAUCAUGAAUGCUCUGUGGCUGGUGGCAACAUUUACCCUCCAACUCUUGAAUGUACCCAUCAUGGUCCCCAAGCUCAGCCUCAACCUCGAAGUCACCGGACAUAUACAAAUUGAUCCCAUUUCUUUCAUGUUCAUUAUAGGAUUUGCCACGUCGGUUGUGAUCCAGUUCUUGACCAUGUUUUACCACAGAAUCUACACUCUGAUCCAUUAUGUGGCCUUUCUGGACACAGAGCCCAAAGAACAAAACCCUGAAACAGAAGAAUCAGACCUGCCAGGCAAAAUGGUCAACUCUGCAUCCAACGCCGACUCCAACUCCCAGGAGGAGUCAGAACUUGAAGACAGUGAUGAUGAGUUUGCCUCGAGGUUGUACAACAGAAGUCACAAUGGAGGGACUCUGGUGUAAACACAGACUCACAGACAAAAGCAACACAUUUUAGCACUUUGAAAUAUCCACUGUGAGAUUUUACCAAAAUGAUGUCAUAAUGUGUAUUAUGAUUUAUUUAUUUGAUAAUCUGAAGUUACUGUAAAUAUGAGUUU